GUGCGUAAGCUAAAAUGGCGCAAAAAGGGAGGGCAAAAGAAAGCAUAAUGUAACAAAACGAAACAAACAGAAAAGAAAAAGGAAGAGGAAGCCCAAUUGAUAACAGCAAUAAAAAGAACAACAAAGAAGGGAUGCUAAGGGAGAAAAUCCCAACGAAUUUAACCCUGUGAAGUGAAAUGCGAGGGAUAUAAGUGGGAAUAUAUGCGCACAUGCCCAUAGUUGUAUGGGAGAAAACAUACCCGUGUGCUUCUCCAUACCCAUGUGCCGCCCCAUACCCAUGUGCCGCUCCACACACUUGUGCUUAUGCUAGGCAACGGCUAACCAUGCGGAAGAAACAAAAUGAAUGACCCGAAGGAAGGUGUGAAAAUAGAACUGCUGCGCCUGAGCCCCCCAGCUCUGAACCUAAACAUUUGGAACUUGUUCAAAAUUAAGGAAGUAGGAAAUAUCGAUUUUGAAAAAAGUGAAAGUAAGGAGGACCUGAGCUUGUCAAAUGAAUUCAGCCUAAGUCUGCCGACCAAUUCUCGGAAGAUAUACCUUGGGCAGAAUUUGAAGUCCCAAAUUAAUAUUUCCAAUAAUUUGAAAAAUGAGAUUCAAAUAAGCUCAAUCAGUGUGGAUGUUAUGACAAGGCAGACGACGUUUAAUAUUUAUAGGAGUGUGGAACAUGUCACAGUGCAGUCGAAUUGUUUUUUUAACUUUUUAACAAGUUUUUUAGUGACCUUUGCGGACAUGUUCACAGUCCACUGCGCGGUGGAAUACCUGCAAGGAAGCGAAAAGAAAAAGUUGAGAAAGGACUUCAACUUUAUUUGUAAAAAUCCGUUCCACGUGAAGACAUUGAUACUGCAGAAGGAAGACAAAAUAUACAUAGAGGCGGUGGUGAGAAAUAUCGAAGAGGACAACAUAAUGCUAAAUGGUGUUACAUUUAAGGAUAUAAAAUGCGAAUUGAUAAAAUGUGAAGACGCGCUCAAAACGCAUGAUGGGCUGUAUUAUUUGAAGCAAAAUGAUGAGUAUUCCAUGAUUUUCUGUGUAAAGGAUGAGGAAAGCAAAUUACACAUUUUGAAAACUCCUUGCGAUGAAAAUAUAGCCAACAUAGAGAUGCUUUUCUUCACGAGCAAUGGCGGUAAAGGCAUAAACAAUUCCCACUUUUUAAAAAAAAACAUUGUUACAGAUAAUGUCCGGAUAUACCUGCAGCAAAAUGAGCAUCCUUUUUACGUAGUAAAUAAAAUGUACAAAUUUGAAAUUGUUUUUGAAAAUAAUACGGAUGAAAGCAUCCCUCUGGAAAUAUUCGUUCACAACAAUUCCGAUAUUCAUGUGGUGAACAAUUUUGUAAAGGCCCACAUAAUUGAGGAGAGAAAAAAAGUUUCCCAUUUUUUUUACGUUUUGUUUGUUAACCCUGGAAUUCAUUUUUUUAAUAAAAUUACGAUAUGUAAUAAAAGGACUAAAAAAAGAAUAGAUUACGUGAGGCUCUUCAGGCUGUUCGUGAAGUAG